AUGCUGAGCAGGUUGAUGAGCGGUAGCAGCAGGAGUCUGGAGCGCGAGUACAGCUGCACCGUGAGGCUGCUGGACGACAGCGAGUACACCUGCACCAUCCAGAGAGAUGCCAAAGGCCAGUACCUGUUUGACCUCCUUUGCCACCACCUGAACCUGCUUGAGAAAGAUUACUUUGGGAUUCGUUUUGUGGACCCAGAUAAGCAGCGGCAUUGGUUGGAGUUUACAAAGUCAGUGGUGAAGCAACUGAGAUCCCAGCCUCCAUUCACCAUGUGCUUCCGGGUGAAGUUCUACCCUGCGGACCCUGCUGCUCUGAAGGAAGAGAUAACCAGGUACUUAGUUUUCCUGCAGAUCAAAAGGGAUCUCUACCAUGGCCGUCUCCUCUGUAAGACAUCGGAUGCCGCCUUGUUAGCAGCCUAUAUCCUUCAAGCGGAGAUUGGGGAUUACGACCCAGGAAAGCACCCUGAGGGCUACAGCUCCAAGUUCCAGUUUUUCCCGAAGCAUUCAGAGAAGCUGGAAAAGAAAAUUGCUGAGAUUCACAAGACUGAACUCAGUGGUCAAACACCAGCAACAUCAGAGCUGAAUUUCUUGAGAAAGGCACAGACAUUAGAGACCUACGGAGUGGACCCUCACCCUUGUAAGGAUGUGUCGGGAAAUGCUGCAUUUCUGGCCUUCACUCCUUUCGGGUUUGUUGUUCUUCAAGGAAACAAGAGGGUCCACUUCAUUAAGUGGAAUGAGGUGACCAAACUGAAAUUUGAAGGAAAGACUUUCUAUUUAUAUGUAAGUCAGAAAGAGGAAAAGAAAAUUAUUCUCACGUAUUUUGCUCCAACUCCAGAAGCCUGCAAGCACCUCUGGAAAUGCGGAAUUGAGAAUCAAGCCUUCUACAAGCUGGAGAAGUCAAGCCAAGUUCGCACAGUGUCCAGCAGCAACCUGUUCUUCAAGGGGAGCCGGUUCCGAUACAGUGGCCGGGUUGCAAAGGAGGUCAUGGAGUCAAGUGCCAAGAUCAAACGGGAGCCACCAGAAAUACACAGAGCAGGGAUGGUUCCCAGCCGCAGCUGUCCCUCCAUAACCCACGGCCCACGGCUGAGCAGUGUCCCCAGGACACGAAGAAGAGCUGUUCACAUCUCCAUCAUGGAAGGCCUGGAGUCCCUACGAGACAGUGCCCAUUCCACACCAGUGCGGUCCUCUUCCCACGGGGACACCUUCUUGCCUCACGUGAGGAACAGCCGGGCAGACAGCAAUGAACGUGUGGCUGUGAUUGCAGACGAGGCCUACAGCCCGGCAGACAGCGUGCUACCCACCCCUGUAGCCGAGCACAGCCUGGAGCUGAUGCUACUUUCCCGGCAGAUCAAUGGAGCCACGUGCAGCAUUGAGGAGGAGAAGGAGUCUGAGGCCAGCACCCCAACUGCAGCAGAGGUGGAGGCCCUUGGAGGAGAGCUGAGGGCCCUGUGUCAGGGGCACGGCGGGCCAGAGCAAGAACAGGUGAAUAAGUUUGUUUUAAGUGUCCUCCGUUUGCUCCUUGUGACCAUGGGGCUCCUCUUUGUUUUGCUCCUCCUCCUGAUCAUCCUCACUGAGUCUGACCUUGACAUUGCCUUUUUCCGAGAUAUCCGCCAGACCCCUGAGUUUGAACAAUUCCACUAUCAAUACUUUUGUCCCCUCAGGCGAUGGUUUGCCUGCAAAAUCCGCUCAGUGGUGAGCCUGCUCAUUGACACCUGAGAAGG